AUGCCCGCCAAAUUGACGAAAACACUCAACGGACACAAGUCUGCGGUACUUUCUCUUUCCUUCUCCUUCGAUGGAGCUUUUCUGGCGUCUGGUGGUCUUGACCACUACACUCGAGUAUGGAGUAUUGGAACCUCUGAGAGCUUGCGUGUCAUAGAGCAUAGCGACGUUGUUGGAUCCGUUGUACUGUCCGCAGAUGGCACGCUCGUGGCCUCCGGAUGUACGGACGGCAAGAUUGUCAUCUCGAAUGUAGCCUCGGCCGCACCUGUCGUGGCCACACCCUUGGAUCACGCGAGCACCAUCACGUCCCUGGUGUUUUCAUCCAACAACUCACUCCUUGCUUCUGGAUCGUCCGACGGGACAAUCCACAUCUGUUCCCUAUCCGGAGACGACACUCCAGAUCCUGCUAUAGCACCGUUGAAGGGCCACACUGCAGGCAUCAUCUCCCUCGCCUUUUCCCCGAAUGGCCAUCAACUCGUUUCCGGAUUUUACGACUGCACGGUACGCGUCUGGGACCUGCAAAGUAGCGAUACCCACGUUCGAGUCCUGUAUGGCCACACAGGCUGGAUCACAUCACUUGCUUUCUCCCCGGACGGAGGGCGCAUCGUAUCUGCGUCGACUGAUUCGACCUGUCGUUUGUGGGAAUCUCAAACAGGUCGGAUAAAUCACAAGUGCCUCUACGGACACACCUCUGGCGUCAACUCCGUUGCAUUCUCUCCUGAUAGCAAACACCUCGUAUCAUGCUCGGACGAUGGCACGAUCCGCGUCUGGGACGUACAAACCGGGACAGAAUCUCUUCGCCCACUCGAAGGCCAUACAGUCUCCGUUAUGUCCGCUCAAUUCUCUCCGGGGGGUUCCCUCAUUGCCUCCGGUUCGUACGACGGAACGGUUCGAAUUUGGGAUGCGGUGACCGGGAAGCAGAAAGGCGAACCCCUGCGAGGCCAUACCAGCGUGGUCAGAUCUGUCGGAUUCUCGCCGGAUGGGAAACACCUCGUUUUAGGUUCUCGCGAUCGCACUGUCCGUGUAUGGAACGUCGAAACGAGGUCCGAGGCUCUCGAGCCACUCGUAGGGCAUACAGAUUUGGUUUGGUCCGUGCAGUAUUCGCCAGAUGGGCGAUAUAUCGUCUCUGGCUCCUCUGAUGGGACAGUACGUCUUUGGGAUGCAAACACGGGGAAGGCAGUAGGGGAGCCAUUCCGUGGUCAUAACCGUACUGUCACUUCUGUCGCAUUCUCACCCGAUGGCACACGCAUCGUCUCCGGCUCCUUGGACAGCACCAUCCGCAUCUGGGAUACAAAGACGGGGGAGGCGGUGAGAGAGCCCUUGCGAGGUCACACCAACUUUGUCUUGUCAGUCGCAUACUCUCCGGAUGGGAAGCGGAUCGUUUCUGGCUCUGUGGAUAAGACAGUCCGUGUCUGGGAUGCGGAGACGGGGAGCGAGGUUUUGGAGCCUCUGAGAGGCCAUACCGACGCUGUGUUGUCUGUCGCAUGGUCGUCCGAUGGAAAGCUCAUCGCAUCGGCUUCGGAAGACAAGACGAUUCGGCUUUGGGACGCGAAUACGGGAGAGUCGAUCAAGUUUUAG